CUCCUAGAAAACGAGAAAAAUACUGCACGCGAAAAUGCGAAUUUAGCAAAAUUAAAGGACAACUUGGCAUUGUGCACUAUCCAAGAUGGGAAGCUGAGUCUUCUCGACAACAAAAUGCCGGAAUUUAUGGAGAGAGUAGAAAUUCACAAACGCGAAAUAAAGAAAAAACAUCUACGCAAUGAAAGUCUAUGGCACGUUAUGAGAGCGAAUUGUCUGUUGUUCUGGAUGCUGUAAAGACAUUAGGAUCCGCGGAAGGGAGUUUGGCUACGAGUGAAGAGGUUUUAGAAGAGUUGAAUAGGUUUCAAAGCGUCGAUCUGACCACAAUUAUUCACCAACGAAGGGAGAAAAACGAACAGCUGAAACAAACCACUGGAAUAUUAAAACAAUCUCUUGAUGUAAAACUCAAAAGCUUUGACAGUUUUACAGAACAAUUAUUUGAGGAACUGCGGUUAGAACUUGUCUCUGAUCUUGUUAAAUGUUAUGAAAUUGUGACCAAAGAAGCAUACGAAGAAAACGGUAAACCUCCCAAAAGGCCGAAACUUGACGGGGGUCUAGCCGAUGGCCUCGCCUUUCGCAACAAUGAAGAAAUAAACCGUAUUCAACAGGAACUUAGCACCUUGGAAAGUUUUCGACAAGCACAAGAAGUAGACCAUCAAAAAACCGAACAAGCUAGUGAUGAAUUAACUCGGUUCAUCAACCACAACCGAUCCUGCUACCAGGAUCUAAUGACUGAAGUCAAUUCGAGCAAAUCAGUCUACAAAGACUUGAAAAGUUUGAAGGCUGAGGUUGAAAAUUGUUCAAAUUUGGACGAAAUUUCAAAUUUUGUAAUUCUCGAGAAUUACAAAACCUCAAUGAGCAAGUUGAAAAACAGCAUUUCGGAAGCAGUUAGAAGGAUAGACGCGAUAUCUAAUAAUCAAAAUAGUUUAAAGGCACAAGAAGCACACGUUAACGAACUUAAGGAAGCUCUCUCAAAAAUUAUGGAACUAAAAAUGGCAAGAAACAAUUUCCAAAUUGCAAAAGCCUCAGCGUCUACCCUUGACCUUUCAGAUAUUCCCAAUCUCCAAAGCAAACUGAAUCAAAACAAUUACAACUUGAAAGUCACCUCGAUUAACUUUGCUGAAAUGGCAGCUAAAAUUUCCAUAUAUCAGAAACACAUUGAGAAGUAUCCAAAUGCCGUGAAUGAUUUUAAAAACUUGCAAACCGAUGUAUGUAAUUUACAAAAUCAAAUAGAGAAAACCGAUCAUGAUGAAAAGGAAAAACGCAAUCAGAUAAUUAAGAAGCAUCAAGAUAUGAUUGAUGACAUUAACAAUUAUUUAAAAGAUUACUGGGAAAUGUUAUUCCCACACGAUGACAUUCCAACAAUCUUAAUGGAAGCAGCUAAAAAAUCGGAAGGUGCUAUCAGGGUGGACUACAACUACCAUUUUAAAAUGCAGACUUGUAGAAACAAUGAGGAAUUACAGAUGAGGGGUCGAUCCAGUCAUGGAGAAAAAAUUUUGGCGUCCUUAAUCAUUCGGUGUGCUUUUACGGAAAAGUUUGCAAGUGGAUGUCCGAUAGUUGCGUUUGAUGAGCCGGAGGGAUGUUUGGACGAGGGUGUUGUGAGGAAUUUAGUUGAUCAUUUCUCCAGUAUCACCGGAUCAAACCAAGUCAUUGUGACAAGUUAUGAUGAGGAAUUUUGCCGAAAGUUAGCUGAAAAAUGCGAGGAUGGUUGUGCCUUAUAUAGGAUCGACAAGGAAAAUGGGAGUUCAACUCUAACCCUAAGUGCGGAGGAUAAUUCCUCUGCAGAAUAGAUCUUUCGAGAAAGACUGACCCAAUAUAUUCACAACAAUUUAUUAUAGAACUUCCUUCUUCGUCAUCUUGUUGUUUCUCUUGUAUUGUUAUACAUUUCUGUGAAAUAAAAGUGAUAAAAGUUUAA